GUCGGCGAACUCGGCUGUGGAAGGCGUUUUGUUGCGGCUUGCGCGUUGUUGCGGUCGCCGCCCCUUGCGACAGCCGCUUCCCAGUCAUAUCGGCGGCACGCUGCCAGGAGUCGUCUGCUGGAGGCCGUUCGCGUGGCUGCUUCGAAUCCGUUGAGUGUACUGUGCUGCGGCUGCCGACUCGAUUCGUAGUCGGGUGAGACGUCUGAUUUGUGAGCUGGAGAAGUCGCGUGCUUUCUGAGUUUCGGACACUGAAAGUGCGCUCUUGUAUUGUACACAUGAUGGAAUAAGGACGCACUUGACAAACUGGUCAUGCGAUGAAAUCUCAGUAGCGGCGGCCGCAUUGUCGAUGGAGGCAGAACUGUCCGUGGCUCGUAGAAGCUGAAGUGGCUUGUUCCUCUCGAUUGUACCACGAAGCGAACCCUGUUCGGCCUUGUAGCAAGGAGCCAUGGCGACGGCCUCUUACCAAGACACCGGUCGCAGCGUGCUGGUGGCGGCGGCUUGCAGCUGGUGCCUUUUCUGGACCAUGAUUGUGAACCGCAGCGGCGGCAUCGUGUUCGUCACGAUGAUCUCUGAGAUGGGCGCCUCACGCCAGGCUGCUUCAUGGCCUUUCUCGCUCCUGGGCGCCGUCUCCAACAUAUUCGGUGUCGUGACGGGAGUACUCCUGCAAAAGCUGCCCCUGCGCACCGUGUCUGUUGCUGGCAGCUUGCUGGUAGCGUUUGGCAUACUGCUCAGCGUGGCUGUUUACAGCGUCAUCAGUAUCACCAUAUGUAUUGGCAUCAUAACUGCUAUUGGUCAAGGGUUGAUUUUCCCUUCCAACAUGGUGGCCAUCAACACAUACUUCCACAAGUACCGCGCCACCGGCAGUGGCAUCAGCUACGUGGGUGGCACUCUAGUGUCGUUCAUCUUUCCGUCACUACUGGUCCACAUGCACGAGCACUACGCACUUCGUGGCACGCUACUAAUCGUGGGUGGUCUAACGCUCAACGCCGUGGCAGGAUCGCUUCUCGUCGCCAAGCCUGAUGAAACACUUGGGCCAACACGACACCGGACGGAACGGGAGACCGCCGCCAAGCUCCUUAACGGGGAAGGUCGAAUGGAAGUUUCGCGGAGUGAAGAACUGAGCUUUUUGCGGCGGCCCAUCUACUACGUCAUUGUAUUCACGGGGGUUGUGUUUGCCUACAAUCUCGUAAUGUUCAGCGUGACCAUCGUGGACCACGCUAUGGGCCAUGGCCUGUCGAAGCUGCAGGCUGCUUUGCUACUGUCGUGCUACGGCGCGGGAGAGUUCAUCGGACGCAUAUGUUCCGGCAUUGUCUCGGACAAGAAGCUGUGCCACAGGCGGGACAUUAUGGCCGUAGGCUUCUUGCUUGCUUCACUGUCCUUGCUGGCUCUAACCCGCGGAAAGUCCAUCGUCCUGCUGGGAGCGGCAAGUCUGCUUUUUGGCCUUACUGGUGGCAGCAUAAUGAUCCUCUUCUCCGUCCUCAUCGUGGAGUAUUUCGGCCUCAAGAAGCUACCCAUGGCCAUCGGUAUCCACUGCCUGGUGAAUGGCCUCUCGGCACUUCCUAGGCCGCUGAUUAUAGGUUACUACAGGGACCGGGGUUCAUCUUAUGCCGGCAUGUACCUGAUGCUUGCCGCUGUCUCGUUAACAACUAGCCUCCUCUGGGCCAUCGAGUGCUUUAUGAAGUGGCGAGCCGAGAAGGUGACGAUGUGUGCGAAUGAGAAGGAAUCUUCCGUUAAUAAGAAGACUGCCUCAGAAGCGUAGCCAGUGGCGUUUUUUCAUCUGCGAUUGUGCGGUGGAUGCGCACUGAUGGUGCACAGUGCUGUAGAGAUUUGCCCUUGAGAAGCUCGAAGUCUGUGCCUUCUGAAAGCUGGUUUUGUACGUCGGUGACUUGUCAGAUGGACUGAGGAACUUACGGACGAUUACAUGACAGCAAGUGAACCAUGUAUAUCACGCAAAAGUGUCGACUUUGAACUGUUCUUUUGCUUUUAUGUUACGUGUAUUUGCUGAUAAGCGACAGCGAUGUUCUUGCGUCAUGUGUAGUGUAUCUCUUCAAUGAGGUCGAGUAGCGCCUCCAAAAAAUUGGCGUUUUACACAUAUUCGUAUCAGUGAGACGUUCUGCAUUUGCUCAAUAUGGUGUAAAUGCCAACUUCUGCAUACAUUGUCUUCAAUAGGUGAGGAAACCAGCUACUCACCGCAAUUCUUCGCUAAUGCUAAAACAAAGGUAGCGGCAAGAUGAAUGACUGUGUUUCCCAAGGACUAUCCUUUUUGAAUACCAGUGCUGUGACGCUGAGAAUUUUGAUACAACAGAAAGGCGAGCUGUACUUUACGACUUAACAAAAAAAAACUAUCCCCUCUGAAAAGGUUGUGAGAAACGAAGGAGGCCCUGACCCAAUCGUCUGGUUACUUUCAAGGUGAACGGAACGACCCAACGAGCCAGCACCUCGUGGCUCGUGCUCGUUCCCGCACUCCUUCUUCCUCCUUUAUUUGCAACACACUCCCGCGGCCACAGAAACUCGCGGCAAUGUUCGGGUGCAGAGCGGCGGAACCUGAGGUGGACAUUGGCGAUCAAGAUGCGAGCGAUAGAAAAGGCGGGGUUGUUACACGGUGAUAAUGGAGGGCUUUUGUGAGGCGGUGGCUUGUCCACAGACUCGUGUGGGACGAAGGUCCUUGGUUCGUUCCCGGGUUUCGGCACCAGAAUGAAGUGUGAGAAACGAAGUGGGAGACCGUGACCCGAUUGUUUGGCUACAUCGAAGGUCAAAGGAACAACUGAGCGAGCCAGCGCCCCUGGCUCGUGCCCCACCGCCCCUUCUUUCUCCUCUAUUGGCAGCAAGGGUCAAUUAGAAAGAUGAAAAGUUCUGAACGACUCUUAUGUUUUGAAAGCUAUUCGUAGACGUAGGAAGUCCCACGUGUUAUCAAAUGACCGAUCAAUUUAGUUGCGUAUGGUAUUCUUCCUCCAGUAAGGUGCUUCCUCCAGUAUUAGGUGAUAUUCACUCUAAUAUCAGGGAAGAACCUCGAGUAGAUGAAGUCUCCCUGAGUUAUUUGCGCAGUACACCCUUCAAAUGUAGAAUUGGUUUGUUAGAUGCUUGAUUACUUUUGUAAGGCUCCACUGUGCUUCCAGUGUACAAGUAGGAACCAAUAAUACGCUUUUGUCGCCUCAAGUCAUUCCAUGAACAUUCCACGUGGUGUGAAGUGUAAAGCAGGAAGUGUGCUUUUCUGUUGAUAAGUUUUAUUAUGGCUCAUGAAAAGAGCAAAAAAGCGUUUUCGACAAACUGCAAAUGAUUGAGCUCUUGGUCACACUUCACAGCUUUUUACAAUGAUACCUUUUUUUGUUGCAUUCAAUUGAGCAAUAAGCCAUUAGAUCACAACUGCUGUAGUAAUGCAAAGAAGGACGCUGUGAAGGCGGCCGGCUGCGUUGAACUUCUCAAUAAUCCAGGCACUAACACAAAAACCCUGCGUUUCACACAUGAUUGUCCCGUGGUCUUCACAACCUGUAAACCCAGUUACGAUACCCUGUCAUCAUGCAGUACAUUUUAUUCAUGGAAUAUUCCAUCAACCUCGCAGUAUCGUCACUGUUGAACUGGAAAUAUCACCUGGUAAACUGCUAGGCGUGGCUGGGAUAUCUGUCAUCCAGCAAUUUAAUGCCCUCAUAUGCGUCAAGAGGAAAACAAAAUCGCUUUUGAGAAUAGAAUAAAAAAUUCAGACCGAA